UCGACCUAGAAGAAGCAGAAGACGAGGGAUGUGCAACCGGCACAGCGCAUCGCUGCGGCGUCGUUGUCAAAAGUUCGUUGCCGACACACACCUCUGAAACAUUCUGUAGGGUAAGCGUAACGUAGUCAGAUUCGCUGGCCCGACCGCGCAGUGUCUACGGCGGUCGUAGGCGGCACCGUCGUAGUACUACAAGCUCUGACCGUCGCGCUCGCCAAAACACCGCAAUGCCGUCGACCAAGAAAGUGGUUCUGCUGGCCUGCGGUUCCUACAAUCCGGUGACCAACAUGCACCUGAGGAUGUUCGAGGUGGCCCGGGACUACCUCACUAAUAACGCUUCCAUGGAAGUGGUGUGUGGCCUCAUGUCCCCAGUGUCCGAUGGUUACGGCAAGGCUGGCCUGACAGCCGCCAACCAUCGCUGUCGGAUGCUAACCCUGGCCCUGGCCACCUCCUCAUGGAUCAGGCUAGACACGUGGGAGUGUGAGCAGGAGAACUGGACGCAGACGCGGCGCGUGCUUGACCACCACCGACAGAGGAUAGCAGUGGAAGGUCUGCCCACGCAGUCGGGACCCAAGCGACGACGGAGGCGGCAGAGCAACGACAACCUGAUUGAGUCAGUGUCGAAUGUUCAGCUGAUGCUGCUGUGUGGAGCUGACCUGUUGCAGUCGUUCCAGGUGCCGGGACUCUGGGCUGACAAAGACAUAGAGCACAUUCUGACACAGUAUGGCCUGGUGGUGGUGACCCGUCAUGGCUACGAUGUGCCUCGGAUUAUCUACGAGAAUGACAUCCUCUACCGGCACCGGCACCACAUUCACGUGGUUACCGAGUGGAUCACCAACGAGAUUAGCUCCACGGCAGUCAGGCGGGCGCUGAUGCGUGGUGAAAGCGUAAAGUACCUCAUUCAAGACUGUGUGAUAGACUACAUCCGACAGAACGGCCUGUACAUGGAGUCAACCAUGGCUGACAUCAAUUCAAACCACACGGAGGCAGAGGACGGUCAGGAGACAGCUGUGUGACAAUUGCACUCGGCGCCCAUGCAACACCGGCAGUGGGCGCCGAGUGGUCCCGCCACCAUCACCAGCACCGAACAAGCGAGAGCCACGCAAGGCCCGCAUCGCUUGCAGUCGGUGGUGACAGCCAUGUCGGAUGGCAAUUGGCCAGUCACCGUGCUCGACAACGGCGGACUGUUGCAUGGCGGCAAUGGUGGUACCGGAGUUUGUGCGCCAUGUAUCACACUCACGGACUCCGCCUUGUCGCAUUUCGUCUCCUGUUUGGUUCUCAAGGAAAAAGCUCGGGCAUGCGAGCGUGAUACGGGCCAGUGGCCCUAGGGCACAACGACAUUGUUGAUUUGGUGAACGUGUUCACAUUUGCAAGCUCGCAUUUUGAGUCUGGCUGAAGCCUGUUGCAGUUCUCAAGCAAAGGUGUCCUGUGCUUUGGCAUCGAUUCGUGUUUCUCUUUUAUCAGACUGAUCUUCAUGACAACACUCGCCAGCAAGAGAAAGACUUCUCUUCCCACAGCGAAAAUUGUUUAGCAGUCAUAAUCUAACAAUUUUAAUGUUGACUGAAGCUGAAUUAGCUUUCAAACGAAGACUCAUCACCAAUUAGCAAUGAAUAACAUGUUGAGCAAUAACAUGCCUGGUGUUCAUCAAAAGCACUUGCUAUCUGAGUGGUUCAUCUUUGCUGCAAUCUUGCACAGGGGUGCAGUCCCACAUGUUCCUAAGUGAUGCCAGAGUACUUUGAAAAGUUGAGAGAGAUUGCACCAUCUGCUAGGCUCACUUCAGAUGCUUAGUAUUUAUAAUAGUGAAUCAAGUGCAACUGAGCUGAUGCAUUUUACUGCACGGUCUCGGAGAAACAGAAGCUGCAGCUUUGUUGUAAGCUUCUCCUGUUGCAGAGCAUCGCACCGUGUCGGUUACAUGUUGGUGUGCAUCGGGUAUCUUUGUGAUAUGCUCUGCAAUGUUCUAACUCAUUACAGAGAAUUAUGCUUUUCGUACUUCGCAAGAUGUACUUGAAAGCGCUAUGUGCACCUCGGAUGCAUCUGCACGUAGGGCACAUUGAUGUGUUUGUGGCAGAUUGGACUGAGCAUCAUAGAAAAUGCACAAACUAGAGUGAUCUAGUGUCGCCUAGUCUUGAUAUUUUUCGGCCGCAGUGCAUGUCACACUCGUCUCUGGGACACGCAUGUAGGGAUUAUUCGCUGUUGUCAAUACUUAACAGAAAACAAAGGGAGCUUGACAUUUGCUGCUUAGAUAGAACAUGACUAUUCUGUGGAUUCAGCUGUGACCAUCGCUAUGAUAUUUAAUGCUGCUUUCUGUGGCAUCAUUAUAUAUGAUCUGCUGGCAGUGCCGCCUUUCCACUGAGGCUGUGGCAUUUCACUACCUAGUUGCAUCUUAGUUGCUCGAAUUUAUAAUACCAGUCACCUUUCUGAGAUAUAGUAAAUAGUGGCGUAGUGUAAAAGGCAGGCUCAGCUUCAGGAAAAUUUGUACAGGUCCCUGUUACUUCAAACAGAACAAGCAUGGUUCUCAGUCUACAGGGGAACUUGAACAUAAAAAAAAAAUUAAGGGGUGUGGUUACUGCUAUAGUCGUAUCGCAGUGGUUUGUGUAAACUAUCCACCUUGUAAUGCCUAAAUGCUUCACUUCCUGCCUGUAAUUCACCAUUAUAGCUAGCAGUGAAAAUUUUGUGCCCUUCAAGACAUUAAUAGCAACUAGGCCUUAGUAUUCAUCCCUUGGCAUAGCAACUGUGUGCAUAAGAUUUUAUGUGGUAGUCCACAAGCUUGAGAAAACUGCACUCCUACAGAGCGGCUUGGUCGUUGCAACUCGCAGACUGUAAAUCCAAGUAGUUUGUGCUGUACAGUAAUAGCUGUCUUCCUGCAUUUAAGGUGCAGUAAAACGAAGUUAGUGUGGCCAGCCAAUGACCUUGUUAAGGUGCCACGUCUUCUGUGGAGAGAAUUGCUAUUGUAGGUUCUGAUUCUGUGUUCUGGUUGAUUGCCUGAUUUGCCAAUCUGUGGUUCAGAGAGUGAGCGGCCAACUAACACAUUCAUACAUGUGGUCCGGUGCGUUGCUACUGCAGCACCUCGGCUAAAGUCCUGCUGUGUUAAUUUUUAGUUUUGACAUUUCUCUCCGUUGUGUAGAGUAGUUGCUGUACUCAUUACAGAGGUAAUGCACAGCAAGUGAACAUUGAGGGAAAAUGUAUUUUAAUUGUAAUGUUACAUUUUUAUCUAAUGAAAUAUCUAUUCAUUAGAAACAUGUCUCUACCUCCAGCUGCCAUUUUCCUAUUUUUUGACACAGCUGUGUCAUGGUUCCUGCAUGCAGCUUUGUCAGCAUUGGUUCGUUUGAGUUGGAGAUAAAAGUCUAAGGCAUAAUAGUAUAUGUUUCUAUGAUUUUACUUUUGUUUAUGGACAGGCUGAGAUUUUGUUGGGCUGCGUUUAGAGGCAGCUGGAAAUGUAUGCGUGAUGUUGCUGUGUUUAUGCAUGUCAUCGAAACUUUGGGGAAUGUGUGUUAUGGGAUGUAAUUAAGAAAAAAAAACUUGACUGCAUGAUUGUGAGCGUUGUUUAUUGUUGGGUUGAAGCUGGAUGGCUUGUUCAGAGAUAGUGGAUGGAUGAAAUAAAAUGCUUGUUCCAUGA